CUACAAUGCACAGCUCAACAACAAUUAAGACUGAAACGACGGCAGUAGCAACAACAGCGCAGUCGGUAUUCACCACAGUCGAAACCACUACAGGUGCGACUGUGCAGACGGUUACUUUGGUGAUCUCAUCACCGUUGGUCAAAGAGAAUAAGUCAUUGGAGUGGAGUGACAGUCUUCUGGAUCCGACUUCAGCCUUGUAUCAGAAAUACUCCACAGAAGUGUGUGAUCUGCUCAUCAAAAGCAUGACAACAGCUGAAAUCGAAGGGCUACUCAACGUCACUUGCACCGUGAUUGGCUUUGAACGUGGAUCAGUGAUUGGAAACGCGGUAUUAACUAUCCAACAUGACAAUUCCAGUGAGAACUUCUCAACAAGCAGUGUGGCGGAACAGACUGUUCUCACCGCGAUUGUCCAAUACACAGAAGAACUAGUUACCAAUCGUACUGAUCAGGUGUUUUUUGGUACAGCGAGCAACAUUACGAUAGAAGCUGUACCUGAAAUCAUAACGACAGUGAUGGCGACAGAAGCGGCGAACACUACAAUGCGUAGCUCAACAACAAGUGAGUUAUAUGUAUAUAUAUAA